UUCCCGGAAGACACUUUGGAGAACAAUCUUGCAAAUCGAGAGGAUGUGGCCUCUAACGUAGCAUACGAGGAUUGCUGGGAUGUCAAAAAAUAUUAGGUGGUUCAUCGCGUCUGAAUGAGUAUCUAUCUGGGGAGAUAUUAGAUCGCUUGAUCAUUUGCAAGCCUCUGACAAAACUCGUACUUCACUCAGAGAAUAACCAUGUCUUUACGCCGAGUCCUCCGUAGUUCCUUGGCCUAUCUCGGGCUUGCCGCCGUCGCGGCGUCUGUCGCCACGGCCGAUCCUCAGGAAGUCGUCCUGCUCCACCCCGACUUCUGCCCAUGGAACCCUCUAGGCCCGCUCCGCCAGCGAGAAGCGCCGCGCUGCCGGCCGCUGAUCGACGACGAGAUCACUAGUGACGCGGGCUCCUGGCCGCCCUGGACUCACACGCCCGUAUGCUCCCGCGCCGACACUGACUCGGCGGGCGGCGGCGGCAACGGCAACGGCACAAAGUACUGCGCCUUCACCAAUGCCGCCUUCCGCCAGUGGCACGGCGUCAGCUUCGUCGCCACCCCGCAGGCCGUCGCCGGCCUGUCGCCCGCCGCGCGCAUGGCCGACCCAGCCGCGCACUGGCACCCGGCGCGGCGCUUCGAGCAGACGCAGCAGCAGCAGCACGGCGACGGCGGCCCGCCGUACGCCGUCGUCGCCAUCCCGGGCAAGGGCAAGGGAGUCGUGGCGCGCCGCUUCGUGCCGGCCGGCGAGGUCAUCAUGGUCGACCACCCGGCCGUCAUCGCGUCCAUGGACUUCCCGCACGCUGUCGGGCCCGAGGACGGCCGCCGCCUGCUCGGCUCCGCCGUCGGCCAGCUGCCGGUGCGGCGGGAGGUCCUGGUGCUGACGAGGGGUGACAGCGGCGGCGGCGGCGAGGGCGGUGCUGGGGACGGGGUAGUGGAGAGGAUCAUGAGGACGAAUACGUUUGGGGUUGAGAUCGAGGGCGAGCUGUAUAUGGGGCUCUAUACGAACAUCUCGAGAGUCAACCACGCGUGUAACCCAAACGGUUUCACUCGAUUCCACCCCACCGACCUGACCAUGGACGUCAGUGCUGUGCGAGACAUCCAGCCAUACGAGGAAAUCACAAUAAGCUACAUCCCGCUGGGCCUCAACUCGCAAGCCCGCGCCUGGAGCAUCCGCGACUGGGGCUUCGAGUGCGCCUGCGCCCUCUGCUCCUCGCCGCGGGACGACGAGCUGUCCGACUCGUACCGCGCGCGCCUGGCCCAGCUCCGGGGGGAGUUGCAGGAGCGGCAAAAGACCCCCGGCGGAAGCCACGAGGAGCUGGUCGCCCUGGCCGCGGAGCUGCUAGAGAUUAUCGAGAUUGAGGGGCUCCGCCCGCACCUGGGAGAGCACUACGAGGCCCUCUCGGACGCCUUCGCCGUCAGGGCCGAGGCCGACGGCGGCGGCGGCGCCUGGGGCGACGCGGUGCGCUACCGCCGGCUCGCCCUGGACGCGUGGGUGCUGUACGGCGGGGAGGACCAUGUGCACGUGCCGAAUGUGAGGAGGAGGCUGGGUGAGCUGGAGAGGCUGAAGAUCGAGCACGCAGGCGGAGCGAGGAACACCUAAGAGGGGAUGAGGAGGUCUGGGAGUCCUGCUGCUGCAAAGUGUCACUCGUUUUCCUUCC